GUCCCCUGUUUAUGCGCCCGGCACGACGGUGAAACGGUAUGCACGGCAGGUAUGGAUAUAGACGAGUCAUACCAGCCGUCAUCUGGUCUUUGACGCCGGAAAGUCUGCCAGCAGGGAAGGCUGAGGGUUUUCGGGCGGUCUGCCUGCAUCUGCCCGUGCCCGUGUUGGAAGUCCAACAUGCAUAGCUGCCUUCAUGGCGAUCGGCGUAUAUGAGUCUGCGGGUAUGUAAGUAGAGGGACGGAAUCGUCUCCCUUUCUUAAGUCAUUACAGUUACUACUCUCAUGUUUCUAUUUCGCUGCGAGUUUGUGUGACGAGGCUGGUGAAGCCACUAUUCAAUACAUUUCCUACUCAUGUUUCGAUAAGACUGGCAUGCAGCAUCGAGCCAUUACUAUUGUUAGCUGCCGAUGCGUUGGCUCCUCGGAUACGAUUGCUCUUCAUUCUCCACAGUAGGGCUUUUCUGUUGCGUGGACGACAAAGACGCGGCAUCUACGACGGGUUUCUGUUGCAGAUACGGAGAGAAGGCAUCUAUCACACAGUCUAUCCCAAAAAUUACCCUUACUACUGCGGAGCAGCCAAGGACGAGACUUCACCCGCUCAUGAUAGCCACCCGACAAUCUGCUCAAACACGCCAGCAGUCUUCAAUCGCGCCUCCGCAACCUACAGCGACUCUCACCGUGCCUGUGGCAACUGGUCGAAAGCACAUACAGCCUGAAAUGGCGCAAUCACAAUUCAUGCCGACUCCUCUUCUGCCCACGGCAACUCUCCGGAUGAGUUCAACAGCUACUAACCAAGGUGUGACGACGCCCCGGCUGGAUUCAACUGCCCAACAUCCUUGGAAUCGUCAACGACAGUCGUCCUACGAGCAACCACGCGAGCCCAUAGCACAGCGACAACUGCCGAGUCGGAAACAGCUGCCGUCUUACAAUAUGCCCCCAACUCAAAGACAACUGUCAACUCGUCAACGACAGCCGCCCUACGAUAAUCCCUCUAGUGCAAGACAACCAUCGCCUCGUCAACAGCCGUCAUCCCAAGGGUUGCUAGUAACUCAGCAACCCACCGACCCGGAACAGAUAGCGGCCCUGAAUUUGAAACUUGAAACUUAUCGCCAGAUCAUAGUCGAUCUAAUGAGGCCGACCAUCAGUCAACAAGUGCCCGCAGUCAGUGCUGAACAGAUAAGAACAAGUCUUCGAAAAGCCGUGUCCAAUCCACAACCUCGAACCACGGCCACGCCAUAUCCUGACACUCCACCAUACUCCCCGCCGCCUAAACAAAAUGCUGCAAGUCAGUCACAGAUAAAUCCCGAACGUUUUGAACUGCCUGCGACGAGCCUACAACAAUCCAGGCCCGUCCCACGCAUCAUUACAACUCCACCCUACGUGUAUACGAACCCUUACAGGAAUAAGAGGUCCGAACUUAGUGCAGCAACAGGAAAUCACCACAGGACAAUUUCUCAACCUCAAAUGGAGCGUUCCCAAUGGCCUUCGACGCCGGACCUAUCCGAGGCGCCUUCUCGGACGCUCAGCGGGAAAGAAGUGCCCAAGUCAGAGCCGCCCAGACAGGCUCGUGAUUCCAAUGAUGUCCCUGUGCCACCCGGCUGCUGCAUCCUAGACCGGAGAGCCAUUGAGCGUGGACUGGGUCUGAUGGCGCAGUACUUGCACCAAAACAACGCCGACCUGACCAUCAUUGCCGUCGGCGGGGUGGUCUCUGCGUUCUUCCUCGGCGCCUGGACCACGAGCACCGAUGUCGACGCUCUAGGAUCUACUCUCACCACCGCCCAGCGCAGGUUGCUCGCCAGCGCUGCAUUACACGCUAAAUCUCGCGGCCCCGUGCGGCUGGGCGACGGGUGGUUCAGUGGCGAGAGCGCGAAGGAUAUGCGCCCCGAGGUAGCGCGCGACGUCUACGAACUCUCCAAGCAGCAGAACGACAUUGUGUACUGCAGCGAGGGACUGACGGUCUUGGCGCCGCGGUGGAGUUAUGCAUUUAUGGUGUGCGUGGACCGACUGUCUCGUGGCGUAGGGAGGCCCUAUGAUAUGGGCAAUGCGGUGCUGUAUAUGCAUCAGUACAUCAAGAUCGGGAAGCACAAGCUGAUUCCGAUCUUGGGGAUUAUGAAGUGGGGGGAGGGGUAUGGUUUACAUGUUACCAUGGAGGUACUACGCGUUGUCAAGGCGCAGUAUCUGAGGCAUUAUGAUAGGGAAGCAAUUUCGGAAUGAUUUUAAAUAUCGCUCUUAUAUUUUUGGUUUGCUGCAUUUUAGCUGGUUUCAUAGCAUAAGCGGACCUGGGAUGAUGGAGUAUGCAUUGGGAUUUAGAUGGGCCAGGCCCUUUCUUAGUCUCCUAAAUGAUACCCCAUUCUGUUUUUGAAGUGCUUUGGAAUCUUCAUUUGUGAUGAUAAAAAAACCGGACGGAAGUAU